AGUCGGGAACCAGUUAGAUAUUGGUAUGCGGUACUCAUGACAUAUAUGACUCAUGAAAUAUAAUAUCAGCAGCACGAUUGACCCAUGAGAAGUACAAGGUACAACGUUGUGUACGUUUAGUACGCUUAGGAACUACACAUACCGGUACUGUGCUCACGACGCACGCUUAUAUCGUCACGGCUCACAAAUGUUAUCAUGGAUAACAUUUGUGAGUGUUUAUGUAUGUAGUGUGUUUGAAGGAGAUAGCUAGUCCUAACACUGGAGCAUUAGAAGUGAAUUGCAUCCCAUAAGCAAGCUGCGAGAUGCAAUUUGUUGGAAUCAGUGGGUUACAAACAUGUCAACAUAAUGAUGUGAUUCAUAAAAAUAAAAUAAAAAGUAUUGUUUAUACAAUGUUUUCAAAUAGUUUGUUAUUGUUUUGUUCAAUUUGGACAUUUGCCAGCUGCAUCACAGCCAACAUGCUUUUGUCAUUGACUGCUGGUAGGCAUAAUGUGUCAAGGUAAUCCAUUGGCGCUGACAACACAAACUGCUUAUUUGUUAUUGACAACCAUUUAAAAAUGUUUGUGUUGCGCUUAUGAACGUAUUAUGUAUUUUGCUCGGGAAUAAGUUACACCGCAGGAUAAUAUGUCAUAUUUUAUUUUAGAGCCUAUUUAUGCAGAUAGAAAGCCGUCUACAGGUACAUGCUUGUAAAUGUUGGGAUUGAUUAGAUUAUCCUUUUGGAAAUCGUGCAGUAAAUUUGUUGCACGUUGUAUUUUUGUUCCAUGACUUCGUCGUACAGGUUUUGUUCUGCAAUACGAAAGAAAAAAAGAGAGUUAUGCUAUUUUGUAUGUGCGCGAGAGGGCAGGACCGUGAGCAAUUCGUGAGAAUUCUUUGGAAUUGCAUGGAAUGCGCAUGUUGUCAUAAUACGACGGUUCAUAAAAAAAUGUAAACACUAUUUGUGCAUUGUUUGUUAUUUUUUAACAUGGUCAUUUUCCAGCAGCGUCACAGUCCACAUGGAACACUUUGCAGAUGUCUCCGCACACUGAAUGCUUAAGUAACCCUAUGACGUAUCCAUUCCGAAUCAGCUGUAUUCUAAUCUUUACUAUUAUUCAACAAGUGUGUUGCACUUAAAUCAUAAAUACAUACUGGAAAUUAGUCAUUUGUUGUUUGUUGGUUAGAAAAUACUUAACGCUCUGUCAGAACUUUUUAAGCUUGAGAAAACACGACUACUUUCGCUACUUUCACUACAUUUUAGCCUACUUCCGAUUUUGAAAGGACAUACUUUCGCAUUUUUGUUUUCCCUGGAGGAACACAGGUAAAUAGUAAAUAGUUCUAAACAGUUCUAUCAGUGACUCCCCAUAAGGGAUUCAAAACAUUUUGGCCUUUAAAUGUUUGUCAGAAUUUCUAUAGAAUAGAUUAUUUAUUUAAUAAAUAAAUAAAUGUAAAUGUAAAAGGCUAAUUGAGAAGUGUUUAGAAGAGAAACCAGCAUUUUUCAUUUUCAUGGAUCAUAGUAGUAAUGAAUGUAUAAGAGAAGAAAGAUAAAGUGACAAAGAUUAAACAAGUUUUCAAAAAAAAAAAAAGAUGUAUAAUCGAAUAGCAACACAUAGAUGUGAGAUACCAGCAAAAAAUGUUUUUUGUGUAAAUUUCAUGGCACGUCAUGUUGCCUUGACUACAUAUAUUUUGAGUGUUUCAAUCACCGUGUGUUUUACCUGCUUAUGUCAUUGACUGCUGGUAGGCACAAUGUUGUGUCAAUGUUGGUGCUGACAUAGCAAAAGCUGUUUUGUUAUGCACAAAUUUGUUGUUAUUGACAACCAUUUAAAAAUGUACUGUGCUUAUGAAAAUUUUAUGUAUUGCUUGGGAGAUAAAUUACAUUACAUUAAUAUUUUAUUUUCUGGGCCUAAUUAUGCAAGAUGGAAAGCAGUCUAUAGGUACAAGCUUGUUUGUAACUGUUGGAUUGACAAGGUCUUUCUUUUGGAAAUCGUGCAGUACAUUUACCAGGGUAUGUCAGCACCAAAGGAUUAUCUCCUCAUCAUUUCUUAUCAUGUCAACAGCUAUAAGUAAAAAUUUCUCUGAUUUUAUAUUUUUAACCCUUCUCCUUAGAUUCAAAUAUUUCAUCUUGUUGACCCCACAAGGAAAGCAUGAUCACUGAACCGCAUUUAUCGGAGCUUUCUAUGAGGGGAGGUCUCAGUCUCUCCCAGCAGCCUUUUGGUGGAGCCCUACAGCUCCACAAGGCAGAAAAAGCCUGGAAACCAUCAGUAAAGAGGCUGGCUGAAGGGAGCUGGGACCGGAGGGAGGAGGACCCUGAGAAAGCCAAGACACUGGAGCUGUAUGGAAAAAUGCGCAGUGUCCUAAAUAAGCUGACCCCUGAGGUGUUCCAGCACCUGGUGAAACAGGUCACUCAACUCACCAUCGACACGGAGGAGCGCCUGAGGGAAAUCGCAGCCAUCGUCUUUGAGAAGGCCGUGUCCGAGCCCAAAUUCUCCGCCAUUUAUGCCCAGCUGUGCCACUCGCUCAAGGAGAUGAACGUGCUAUCCAAUGGGAGCCCUGGAGUCACUCUAAAUUUCCGAUUGGUUCUGCUGAACCUCUGCCGGGUGGAGUUUAAGAAACUGGAUGAAGGAGCAUUGACAGAUAAAGUCAAUGGCCACUGCCAGAGGUCACUUGGCAACAUGAGGUUCAUUGGAGAACUCUUUAAAUUAGAAAUGAUGAAGGACAAAGUUGUACACAGCUGCAUCAACAACCUCCUCUCUAACCAAAGCGAGGAGGCACUUGAAUGUUUAUGCUGCCUGCUUACCACUGUUGGCCAGAACCUGGACAAUGACAAGUACCUCAUGGAUGAGUACUUCUAUCGUGUCAGGCGCAUCAUCAAGGAGGGAAGGACAUCAUCCCGGAUUCGAUUCCUUUUACAGGAUGUUCUGGACCUCAGAAAGAAUAACUGGCUCUGUCGGAAAGCUGAGCAGGGACCUAAGACUAUACAACAGGUUCGCAAGCAAGCAGAGAUGGAGAGACUGCGGGAAAGGAACAUCGUGCAGCAGUUCCAUGCUAAGAGGGACAACUGGCGCCAUGGAGGCAGAGAUCUCUGGGUCCAUGAACAGCAGAACCCAGCCUGGAGCCACAGCUGCCCCCUGAAGGAGCUUCCCAAGGAGGAGGAUGUGUGGAAGCCAGCCACGAAGAGGCUGUCUGAAGUGGUCCGAGACGGGAGAGAGGAGGACCUCAAGGCAGCCAAGACCCAGGAACUGUACAGAAGCAUGCACAGUGUUCUGGAUAGGCUCGCCCCCGAGAUGUUCGGCCACCUGAUGAGACAGGUGAACGAGUUUGACAUCAACACAGAGGAGCGCCUCAGGGGCAUCGCGGCCAUCAUCUUUGAGAAAGCCAUCUCUGAGCCAAGAUUCACAACCACUUGUGCCAAGAUGUGCCACUGUCUGAGGGAGAUAAAUGCUCCACUUACUGAAAAUUCUCGAGAUUCUCUGAAUUUCCGCUUGGUGCUGCUAAAACUCUGCCGGAUGGAGUUUAAGAAGCUGGAUGAGGACCAUAAGGAAGAGGAAAAGCAGCACCAGCGGUCACUUAGCAACAUGAAGUUUAUAGGGGAACUGUUCAAACUGAAGAUGGUGAGGGAGACCGUGAUGCACAGCUGCAUCAGCAAGAUGCUCAUCAUGCAGACCGAUGUGGCACUCGAGUGCCUGUGCUGCCUGCUGUCCACUAUUGGCAACAUACUGGACUGUGAUGAGCAACACCUCAUGGAUGGAUAUAUGCAUCAAAUGGAAGCACUCAUUAACAAGAGGCAGCUCUCACCCCAAGUGUCCCUCCUACUGCAGGACAUAGUGGACCUGAGAAAGAAUUAUUGGUUCCCCCAGAAAACUGAACUGGCAGACAGGCCAAUUUGCCAAAACAGCACAGAGGUCAAAUUGGAGGAAAUGCAGGACAGGACUGAGGAACAGCAGCAGCUUGUGCUUGAGGUGGACAGCUAUGAUGUUGGGGUGCCACACCUUGCCCUGAGGCAAAGCAUUGAGCUGCAGGAUGAAGGCCAAAACACCACCAUCAUACCUGCCAAUCACAACCCUGAGCCCUGCGAGUGCCUCUUCACCCAGGCAGGCACUAAACAGCUUGACAAAUUAGACUUCUAUACCAAGCUUCCCAUUCCCAGACAGAAUGGCACCUGGAGGGGUCAUGGCAUGGAACAAGAGUUGGGACGCCUCUCCUCCAGCACCCUAAACCUCCUCCCCACCCUGCUGCUGUCCUCAACUUUCACCUCCAGCCUCCACAUAAUGCUUCACGGGAGCAACUGGAUCCUGGACAGUGCAGAGGUAAAACACCAGUUCAGUCUGUCAGAGAGUCUGGGCAGCAGCAGUGAUGCCUCCCAGCUGGUGGUAAAAGGACCAGAGAGACACGCCCUACUGACACUCCCGGCUCUGCCUGGCCCUGCCAAUCCUGCUUCAGCUCUGCCCGUCACAACUAAGGAUGAGCUGCAGAAGGUGUCUGCAGCCACCGACAUGAAGAAGAUGCUGCUGUGUGUACAGCAGAGCAACAGCAUGCUGAAGAUCUUGAUGGUUGAGCAGAGUUUCAUCGAGCGCGACACCACUGGCAUCGUUAUUCGCCGGCUGGUGAAAGUGGGCCCCCUGCAGCCACGUGAAUUGCGACGGCUGCGGAGGAUCUUAGACAGGACACAAGAGAGCCUCUUGCCCCUGACCCCACUGCUCCUGUGCACUGACAGGGAAGUGUCCGUACCCGCAGUCCCUCUGGACAGGGCUGGUGUCCAGGAGGUGGAGAUCCUCUUCUUAUCAGAGAACCAAAUGAAACACGGGUUGCUGUGGGCACAGCGGGAGGAAGAACACCAUCAGAAACUCUCUUUACCUGAGGAAGAGGAUGUCAGCACAUUUGUGACUAAAAAGAAAAUGAGCUUAACAUGGCAGACAGUUGAGGCACAAGAACACCAAAGUGAGCUUCAGUGUUCAGCCAGUACCAGAGUACUGACAGUGGCUGAAGGAAAAGGCAGCCGCAAUAAGCUACAACAACGCCUUAUUUCGUCUUUCAAUUUUAUAUUAUAUAUGUUUCUUUCCAUAGGUCUUUGCAUCAUCCUUAGCUUCUUUAGUAUUCUUUUUGAAUAGGCUCGUGUUAUGUUGUUUGUCCUAAUUAUUUGUAGUCUUCCACCUUUUGAAGCCUUACUUCUUAUGACAGCGAUAAAUUUAGAAUAUACUUGGUCUUCUUUUUGGAUCUUCAGGCCGUCUUUGGAACUUUUUCUGUCUGGUAUAUUUGGGUGAUGAUUCAUUUAGUCUGUUUCUGUUGAAAAUAGGGCCACGUUGUCUGAAAAUCUUAAACCACUCAGUUCUUCUCCAUCAAUUCUAAUGCCGUGGUUUGUAAGGCCUGAAUUCUUGAAGACCUCUUCAAUUGCUGCUGUAAAUAAUUUUGGGAAUAGGGGAUCUCCCUGUCGGAUGCCUCUUGCAAUACUAAGGCUUCUUGAUCUUAAAUUACAAAUAUGUAUGUUGGCAGUUGUACCUGUGUAGAUAUCUUUAAUGAUCUUUAUGUUCGUUUCACUUUUCUCAAUAAAUCUUUCACUAAAUUA